UUGAAAGUCUGCCACCUUGUCAUUUGUAGAUCGAGUGAAGUAUCUGGCCCACUACACGUUCCUCCGUUUUAUCGUUUGUUUGCCUAACUCUUGUGCCGCCCGAAAUUCGAUUUUCACUCUGCUGACGGGGCUGUGAUAAGGACACAAGCUGUGUGGAACACUGGGCACAGAUUGAAACAUAAAGCACAUUUUGACAAGAGUAAACAUCUAGAGAUUGGAGAUAGUUUCCUGUGAAGCAGACGCGAGCCAUUUAAAUCCUUCUCCCAGUCAUGUCUCCCUGAGCCCGCACGUUGGAUGAGGUGGCCGAAUGACAUGAUGGGACGUCUGUUGCUCGCCUCACCAUGACUCGCUAUUCAAGGGCAGGAAACUCCGACAUGUUGCUGCCCAAAAGCAGAAUCGAGUUCUCCAGUCACAGGGUCAAGGUCGGGGGUCAAAGUUUUCAGUCGGCAUCAGAUGCGCUCUCGGCGUACCUGCAGCAGUUUGAGGCAACAGAGAAACGGGGGAGCUCGAGGUCACGUGGGCAACUGACCAAUCAACAUGGCAGCUCAAAGUCCAGUGUUCACCUGACAAACCAGAGGAGGAGCAAGGAGUUCACUAGGAGCAGGGGCCUGAGUGGACACAAGGAGGAUGUGGAGAAGCUCUUCACAUCUAAGGUGUCUCAGCUACGAGGUGUCAGGAAUGAUGAUUUGAGAGAGAUAAAACUGACAAAACUCCUCAAGCAGAUUGACCCUGAUCAAGAGGGAAAAACUGAACUACAGGAAGAAGUGGAAGCUGCAUUGCUCAGGUCCGCCCAGCUGCUUGAAAAAGUGACAAAGGACAAUAACCCCGUCCCUAAAGCUGCCCCUAGUGACAUAAGCAGCAUCCCUACUGAUGUUCUACUUCUGGAGUCCAGGCUAUCCAUCAACAGUUCCAAGUUUAUUGAGAAACCUCCUGGACAUAUUUAUUCAUACAGAACUCCACGUGCCAGACAACCUUUACAAAACCAUAAUUUCUCUCCACCUCACUCUCCUGUCUCCUACUCUAGAGAAAGGAAAAGACAUUCCUCCCUAGACUUGCUGUGUCCGCGCUACAGUAAUGGCAGCAGUCCUUCACUCUCCCAAGUCUCGGAUUCUGUUAUCAGCCGGUGCAGAUCUGUCUCACCUGCUGUGAGAAAUCCUUCACUGCCACUACCUGGGGGGCUUAAAUAUUCAGACCCCAAGAGUGCUGUACCUAGCUGGGUAAAGGAUGAACAUUCCUCAGACAUUUCUGACUCGGUCUGGACUUCAAAAAAUUUACAGCCAACUGAAAACAAUGACCAGUCUAAGCUCGUACCAAACUGGGUGAAACAGAUGAGCAAUGGCAGCCAUGUUGAACCCACAGAACACCUUCAUGCAGAUACGUCAAACAACUCUAAAAAUCAUCUCCAUCUUUCAAAUUUGACUCAAAGUGUGUUACAAACACCUCAUAAACAUUUCACACUGUCUGAUGAUUAUUAUUCAGUGAAGCAGCCCAAGCACUCCACGCCAGUUCACCAUUCAUUGAGGACUUUAGACAAGUUUUACCAGCAUCCACAAGUGAGUCUAGUUGCCAGAAGUGAGCCCUCGACCAGUGUGGGCGUGUCUGUAGUGGGGGCAGGUCAAGCCAAAGGUCCAGCUAGCAGCCCGUCCAGCGUGGACACACUGGCUUUACUCACAGGAAACUUUGGGGCAAACAGCUCACACAGGAACAAAGAUAUUAAAACUGAUAGUCAAAGGGUGACCUCCCCGUGUGCUUCUGUUAUUGGUAACUGUCCCAGUUCUGUAAACAAUGGCCUGGAUCUUUAUUCACUGGAUGGUCUAGAUGGUGACAGGCCGUGGGAACAAAUAACAAAUGCUUUCAAACCACCGGUUCAUGUAGAUGAUACUCAGUGUAGGACUUUCUCCAAGUAUGAGAAUAUUGAAGGAACACUAUCUGGUGGUAAACAGCCUGGUAGUAUUGAAGCCUUGAAAAAUAUGCUUUUUAAACUUCAAGCUGAGGAAAGCUCUGUAAUGGAAGAACAACUAAUGGCCAGUGAUCAAGAAGAUUUUAAGAAAUUCAACUCUGAUGAAGAUUUAGACCUGUUGCCAGCUUUAAAAGAUUAUGAUUUUAAACAAGAGCCCGGAGGACAAUCACUAAAAAAAGCUCUUGUGCACUUGAACAAACUCAAAGAACUAGUGAAAUCAAAUCAGUAUGAUACAACUGUCUGAAGAAGAAAAAUUUGUGUUAAAUUUUAACCUGUAGUAAACACAAUUAUAUUUAAAUCUUACAAAAUUUAUGAUUUUUAAAAGUUUUUUUCUCAAUUUUUUUUCUACUAUAAAUUUGGAUAAUAGAAUACAAUGAUAUAAAUAUGUGGAAACCUAAGUUAUAUAUAACUUAUCAGUUUGUGUCCGAUUACAAUUGACCAACCUAAUGUAGAGUUCUUUAAAUCUGUAUAGAGAUCCAAAAUUCUCAUGAGGUUCUAAUUAAAUUUACCUUUGUACCCUACAUUUUAAACCAUUAGUCUUAUGAUUUUAUAUUUCCAUUGGUGCUUUAAAAUAUAUUCCAAUUUUGUUAAAUAAAAUUAAUAGGCACAAUUCAUUAAUGUAAUCUUUAUUAGUUUUUAUAGAUCCUUUGUUAUGCUGUCAAUAUUUAGUUUUAAAGACUAAUAAAACAUUUUCCUAACCAUGGGCCAUAGAGUAGAUACAAUUAGGGGAGUUAACUCAAGAGAUUCUGUCUUUGGUGUAUGAGUUGUCAUCUUUGAUUUAGACUGCUUUAUUCAUUCCGUCCAGAUGUGAUACAUUGUUUUUAACUGUCAUUAAUUUAUCAUAAAUUAUUUAUAACAUUUUGUAAUAGUUUCUGCUUGUUCAAGCAUCAUAUCACUAUUUUGUAAACUGAUUUAUUUGUGUAUCUUAAUUUUGUGUAUUAUGGUGACUUUUUAUUUUUAAUCUUUAAAGUUGCCUUUUUCCUGUAUAAAAUGUAAUUUAUAAUUA